ACAGACCGUGAUGUGCGCCUCCUCUUACAAAUAAAAAUGGAUUACAAUAAACGUCUGGAACAAAAUCGAGAAAUUAUUCUACGUUUUGGGGGGAUUUUACAUUUUCCAUCAAUGUGGUGAUUCGUCUGUUUUCUACCAGGAUGACAAAGAGGACGUGGGUUGGUGGAUGGAGGUGCCUUUUAUUCUGGUUGUUUCUCUUUCUUCUUUUGUGGAAUAACGCACAAGGCCAAACUCGCUAUUCCGUUCCCGAGGAAUUGAACGUGGGCUCGGUUGUCGGAAAUAUCGCGAAAGAUCUAGGCUUGAAAAUAUCCGAGCUUUAUGAUCGUAAAUUGCGAAUAGCCACCGAAUCAGGUAAGCAGUAUUUCAGUGUAAAUCUAGGGAAAGGUGAGCUGGUGGUUGAUGAAAGGAUCGACAGAGAGAGCCUUUGUGGACAGAACGCAAAUUGUCUGUUGCCAGUUCAGGUCAUAAUCGAGGAUCCCCUUCAGCUUUACAGAGUAGAUGUUGAAAUACAGGACAUUAAUGACAAUAAUCCUCGUUUUCAGUCAACCGAUCGUGCGCUAAAAAUCGCAGAGUCUACCGUGCCCGGAGUGCGCUUCCCCCUGGAAAGUGCACAAGACGCAGAUGUAGGGAGUAAUUCUUUAAAAUCGUACACGUUAAGUAAAGACGAAUGCUUCAGUUUAAAAGUCAAGGAACUCGGUGAUGGACGGAAAGUGCCCGAGCUGGUUUUGGAGAAAUCACUUGACCGUGAGAAGAAAGCUUUUCAUCAGCUGAUGCUCACCGCAUUGGAUGGAGGAAAUCCAGUCAAGUCAGGCACUUCUCAGAUAAAUAUCACUGUCCUUGAUAAUAAUGACAACAAUCCCGUAUUCAACAAGGCUGUAUAUAAAGUAAGCAUCAGUGAAAUCUCCAGUCAGGGGACGUCAGUGUUAACAGUAGAUGCUACAGAUUUGGACGAGGGCACGAAUGGUGAAAUACAAUAUUCGUUUGCAGAACACACACCCGACGCAGUUCGCUCAUUGUUUCACAUUGAUCCAAAAACGGGCGAAUUUUUUUUGAACGGGCAGCUGGAUUUCGAAAGCACUCCGACGUACAAUAUCGAAGUGAGUGCUAAAGAUAAAGGAGUCCCUGAAAUGGAGGGCCACUGCAAUGUUCAUAUAGACGUUUUAGACGUGAACGACAACCCACCUCAAAUCGUGCUCACCUCGAAACCGAGCCCAGUGCGCGAGGACGCACCAAGUGGCACAGUUGUGGCGUUAAUAAGCGCCCGCGACGUUGAUUCAGGCCUUAAUGGCAAAGUCAUUUUACACACCCAACCCGAGGUCCCAUUUAUACUGAAAUCGACUUUCUCCAACGACUAUUCUUUAGUGACGAAUGGAAUUUUAGAUCGCGAAAUGUUCCCGGAGUAUAUCGUAGAAAUCACCGCGUAUGAUUCAGGUUCUCCUUCGUUGAGCAGCAAAACAUCAAUUUCCGUUCAAAUCCUUGAUGUUAAUGAUAAUCCGCCAAAGUUUUCUGAUAACUCGUAUAAGGCGUAUGUCAAGGAGAACAACAGUCCAGGUUCCAUUGUCUGUUCUGUCUCAGCUUCAGACUUUGAUGUCGGAGAAAAUGCCAAGAUAUCUUAUUCUAUAAGUGACUCCAAAGCCCAAGACAUGCCACUGUCGUCUUAUUUCUAUAUUAAUUCAGACAACGGGACCAUCUUCAGUAUGCACUCAUUUGACUAUGAAAAGAUAAAAGUGUUUCAGAUCAAAGUUCAAGCGAAAGAUAACGGCUCUCCGUCUCUGAGCAGCAACGCCACGGUUCAUGUUUUUAUUGUGGACCAGAACGACAACACCCCCGCUGUCAUUUACCCCUCUGCACUCAUGGGCUCUGUCUCUCAUCAGAGGUUGCCCCGCUCCGCUAAAGCAGGACACCUCGUUACUAAAGUCACAGCAGUGGACGCUGACUCGGGCCAUAACGCCUGGAUUUCCUAUCGGCUAGCGGAGGCGACGGACGCGUCCCUGUUCACUGUCAGUUUACACACAGGAGAGGUGAGGACUAAGCGCUCUGUGUCAGAGCAGGAUGACUCCUCACAGAGACUGCUCAUAGAGAUACAGGACAACGGAGAACCGGUGCAGUCCACCACAGUCACACUGGAUAUACUGAUAGAGGACGCCUUUCAUGAACCAAUCUCAGACUUCAGACACAAAAAUCCAGAACCUGAUCAGAAAAGUGGCAAAAUCACAUUAUAUCUCAUGAUUUCUCUUGCCUCCGUCUCCUUUUUGUGUUUGGUGACAUUUUUCGUAUUGUUAAUAAAAUGCGCUCGGAGCAGUAGAGGCAGCUCGACUUGCUGUAUCAGACGGAGCGAUGGUGAGUCUAAAAACCACAACAGAAACCUGCAGAUCCAGCUCAACACUGACGGACCCAUUAAAUAUGUGGAGGUGCUGGGAGGAGACAUGAUGUCUCAGAGUCAGUCGUUCGGCUCCUAUCUCUCUCCAAUGUCCGAAUUCAGUGAUUUCACCCUUGUUAAACCCAGCAGCACCACAGACUUUACAAACACUCUAAGCGUGCUCGAUGCGUCACUACCGGACAGCACGUGGACGUUUGAGAGUCAGCAGCAAAAGCCACCGAACAAUGACUGGCGCUUACCUCCUAACCAGAGGCCUGGACCUAGUGGCCAGCACAGGUUCCACACCCUGCAGCAGAGGUGGACUCCGUACGAGAAGUCCAGAGCUGGAGCUCGUCCCGAAGAGGCUGGUGCCGGUGCCAUAGUGGGAACAGGACCGUGGCCGAACCCCCCCACUGAGGCGGAACAGCUCCAGGCCCUGAUGGCGGCCGCGAACGAAGUGAGUGAAGCCACAGCGACUCUCGGUCCUCGCUACAACGCCCAGUAUGUCCCAGACUACCGUCAGAACGUCUACAUACCAGGCAGCACCGCGACACUAACGGCUAACCCUCAGCAGCAGAUGCCCCAACAGGCUCUGCCACCACCUCAGGCCCCGCCCCAGGCCGUGCCUACCCCUGACAUCCCCAAGGCUGCCCCAACCCCGGCCAGCAAGAAGAAGGUCACUAAGAAGGAUAAGAAGUAGGACAGGAACACAGCAUUAGAUUAGAUCAGCUUAACAGUGGCAAUCUACUAUUCCAAUCUUAGCAUUAUUUCUGCGCAUGUUAAGGUAGAUGAUGAAAAAAUCUGAAAUUUCUUUAGUGCUGAGUCUAAAUUUCAGUUUUGAUUGGUUUAGGUCUUAUACUUAAUGCAAGCUUUUUUUUUGUGGUAGAUUUUGUACCCUAGUGUAAAAACAGAAACAUCAAUAAAAACCGAACCUGAUAAGUUGUGUUUAGUGGAUAUGGACAAACAAAGGCUUUUAUUAAAUCCUGUUUGUUAGCACUGAUAAGAAGAAAAAACAUACAUAUUGUUUGUUAAUUUUUUUUGUUGUGUUCUUUAUAACGCAAAUACGUGCUACACGUUGUGACAAGAAUGAAAAUGAAAUUUGUGGUGAAUGUUUUAUUUUAUUUGAAUUUUUUGAGGAUGUGCCAUAGCCCUGGAAAUAAACUGAGUUUUAUCUUUGCAUGACCUACGUUUUAACCAUAGUAUUGAAAAAGAACUAUGCAGUGUGGAAAAUGAGUAUAAGUAUGAAGUUUUGUGUAAGAGAAGACAUUGUGCUCAUAAAAACACCAGCAACUAAAAAGUUGGACUGUGUGUAUAUUGUAGGAAAAAAGGAAGGAAAGAAACGUAAGACUGGAUUCAGUGUUUAGCACUACUACUAAAAUGAUGCUAGCUUAAAGAUAUAGAAGAAUAUAUAUCACUUUAUUAUUUAAACACCUGCCAACUCCGUAUAACCGUAUAUCUUUCCUAUUGACUUGCAUUAAACGAAGUGUUUCCUAAACCUUAAAUAUAGUGGACGUUCCCUGAGCCGUUGGUCUGUGUUAGCGCAUUUUGGUUGAGCAUGGUCAUGCAAAGUUUCUAGGUUAAAGCCGGAUGAGGAACCUCGAAGAAAUAAAUGAUAUUCAUGGGAUUAAAGGAAAUCUGAAGGAAAUACAGCAUGUGAUGUGGCAAGCAUUACUAAUUCGAUUCCUGUAAAUAUUUUCCCCCCAAUUGCUAAGAACUCGGGCGAAAAGGCGACUUUAUCUCUCUCCUGCUACAAUCUGUACAAUCUGAAAUCACCAUGUAAAUAAGACAUGUAACCUGUCUGUACAAACUAGAGCCACAAACAUCUGGCUAGCACAGGAAUGUUUCAGUAUUUUUUAGAAAAAAAAAAAACAAAAAACAAAAAUAAAACCUAAAAAAAAAAACAAAAGUGUAGUGCUUUAGAUACAAAAAAAUGCUUCAAACUCACUUACUAACCAAACUGUAAAUACAACCUUGACAUUUAUGAAGAAAAACGCAAUCGUAGCUUAGGCCUUGUGAAAUAAAAAAAAAAAAAAAAUGUGCAUAUUUUUGUGUUUUUCCUUCCUUCUCUUUCACUUUAUUUCUUCCAAGCUAAAAAAUAAGUAAUGUGUUUUUAGCGUGCCCUUCCCAUGCCAUCUCUCUAUAGUCUUCUGUGUUUGUAAUUACAGUAAACUGGUAAUGCUACCGGAAUGGCUAUUCCUGUCUGUUUAACUCUAAAUAUAUAUAAAAUAUAAAUGUCUGUCUGCUGCUUGAAUACCUUUCUGUAUUCAACUGUGAUAACCUUCUUUCUUUUAACCGCUUAGCGCUUCAUGUCCUGCUUUUAUUUUAUAUGCAGAUAUUUAUAUGGCUGUUGAUUUUGUUUAUGUUCUUGUUUAUUAAUGGGACACUUACAUUUCAAAUAAAAGUUUGUCAGAACUCAUAA